AUGUUGCUUGGUCAUCGUCUCGCAACCGUGGUGGCUGGUCUGUUGGCCGUCACCACGGUCAGCGCUGCUGCCUGCACGUCCGACCUCAUCAUCGACGACUUUGCCAAAUGGGUUGAGGGAACGAACAAUCUGAAUUGGCCAAACGGAGACGAUGGAUCUAUGUCAUCUAUCGCUGCCGCUGCGGGCAAGGUCCAGUUCAUUCCCAAAGAUGGCGGAUCGUACUUUUACGAGUCUUUCUCAUGCCAACAAGCCAUCACCACCGGCUAUGGCGGAAUCCAGUUCACCCUUCAGGGACCAGCUGGAGGAUCGGUUGCUCUCGAACUUCAGACAUCUGCGAGUUGUAACGCCAGUGACACAGGCACUUACACGAGCUCCUACAAUAUCAUCCGCAGCUUGACAGGAAGCCAGCAGACUAUCGACUUGCCGUUAUUGGGUUUCGACAACAACCCCAACUACGAUGCUAUCGUUGGACUCGUCUGGUCCGAGUUCUCUCAGACCAACUCUAUCUGGUCCAUCGGCAACAUCAAGUUGACUUGCGGUGCUGUGGCUGUUCCAACUACCACAAGUGCCCCGGUUACUACACCCACUUCCACUCGUUCCGUCAUAACCACCACCCGCUCCGUAAUCACAACGGCCACCCGGUCCACAUCCGCGAUUCCUUCAGCUACUGCCUGUUCGAACCUCCUGAUCGACGACUGGGCGUCUCAAUCCCGCCUGACCUUUUUGGGGUACAACGCCAUGAACCAAGCCUCGAGCGAUGACGGCACCAUGUCCUCCAUCGUAGUCAGUUCCAACCGCGUGCUGCUGACCCCCAAGAACCAACAGUCGUACUUCUACAGCCAGUUCGGCUGUCUGAACACUAACAACAAAUACGGCGGCAUCUCGUUCCGCAUCCGCGCCGCCCGCGGCACCACCUUCGCCGUGCAAAUGUCCUAUUUCGCCACCUGCGGCUCCAGCACCGGCCGCAAGACCAUCUCCAUGACGACCGCCCAGCUUAAAUGGACAUUCGACGGCACUGAACGGCUCUACUGGUUCCCCUUUUCCGUCUUCACCGGCUUGGACACGACAAAGCUAGAUAUUAUCUACUUUUCGUCCUUCAACGCCGCCGUGAUCUUGGGCCCCAUGUCUUUCUACUGCGGCAGCACCGCAUCCGAAUACAUCCCUCCUGCCCUGCCCGCCCCUCCUUCUUCCAACACCGGUGCGUCCCCUACUACUGUCCCUGCUGCCCCUUCCUCCACCUCGACCGCCAAGCCGUUCGUCAUCGACACUUUUGGGAACACCGAAACCAAUAGUCUCGGCCAGUGGCACGGCGGCGACGACGGCAUGACCGUCACCUUUGGCAAGAACGCCAUCACCAUCCGUACCAACGAUUCUGACCUCGGGUGGAACACGCAGCUGGCAGCCAAAUGCUUUGACCUGACGCCCUGGUCCACCGCUUACCUGCACGUUGCCUACAGCGGGAGCAACAAGUUUUCCAUUGCGCUGCAACAACAUAAUUCCAAGUGCGACGACAGUAUCAAACCGUACCCGGAAACGUGGGACUCCCUCGAAGCCGCGCGCUACUCGUUCAAUGGCGGCUCAGACAUUUAUAUUCCCAUAUCCCACUUCAACAUCAACCUCACGCGCUCCAUCGGCUUUAACCUGCGCGGCUUUUACAGUCCUUCGGAAUCCACAAUAAUCUCCAAGCUCGAAAUUAUUUCUUCCAUUCCCUCCUCAGUAAAAAAUCCACCAAACUCCCCUCCGGCAAACUCGUAUUCGCAUGCACCCGCCCCAACUCCUUCGCCUUCGCAAUCGACGACGGCGACCCCGCCCUAG